AUGUGGUAUGGUGCAUUUCCUAAACGUUACUUUGCUGAUGCUUUGAUGCAGAAAUUCUUUGGUAAAACAUGUGUAGUCGAUUACCUUAGGAAGCAUUCUAAAAAUGCAAGUACCUGCAGAGCACUGGAGUCCGUAAGCAGUAUGAAUACAUUAAUGGGGAAGCCAACUAAGUUUUUUCUUUGUACUGCACUUAGUUCUAGUGCAAAAACCAUGAAUUGGCAUUUGGGUAUUCAAAUACAUGCUUAUAUGAUUCGAUCUGGAUAUGAAGAUAAUUUGUUCCUUAGUAGUGCACUUGUUGAUUUCUAUGCAAAAUGUUUCGUUAUUGUGGAUGCAAAGAAGGUAUUUAGUGGCAUGAAAGUACAUGAUCAGGUGUCAUGGACUUCACUUAUUGCCGGAUUCUCAAUGAAUGGACAAGGAAGAGAUGCCUUCUUGUUGUUCAAAGAGAUGUUAUGCACCCCAAUUAAGCCUAAUUGUUUUACCUUUGCUAGUGUCAUUAGUGCCUGUGUGGGGCAUAAUGGGACACUUAAAAAUUGUUCAAGUCUUCAUGGUCAUGUCAUCAAAAGGGGAUUUGAUACUAACAAUUUUGUGGUCAGCUCAUUAGUUGAUUGUUAUGCAAAUUGGGAACAAAUUAAUGAUUCUGUAUUAUUAUUUGAUGAAACUAGUGAGAAGGAUGCUGUUGUAUACAAUUCUAUGAUCUCUGGAUAUUCUCAAAAUUUGUACGGUGAAGAUGCACUGAAACUAUUUUGUUAA